UGGGAGAGAGAUAGGCAGUUGCAGCUCAGUAUGUUGGCCAUGGUAGCAGAGGAUUGUAGAGGAUGCUCUGGGAACACCAACUUCUGCCUAUGGAGCAGAGAAUGGCUACACAAGAAGUUGGAGCUGAGACUUGGAAAAUUAAUAGAAGUUUAGCAGGUGAAAGCAUGGAAAGAUCACUCUAGGCAAAGGAGGUAAAGUGAAAACAUGGAGGCAAGGGACGAUAGGAUGUAUUUGGUGAAAGGCAAAUUUUGCUGUGUAACAGGGAGAGUGAGCAGCUUUGCAAAGGCCAGAUCACAAUGAGUGGUUUGGAUGUUAAAGCCCAGGAGGACAAGGAGACAGCACCAUAGAAUACUGUUUGCCUCAUAAAUAUUAAUCUGGAAAGAAGGCUCUCGCAUCCUUUUAGAACCUUGGCUUCUAGCCUGUUCUGUUCAACUUUUAUAUCAAUGACUUGAUUAGACAAAGAUGACAUACAUGUUGAUCACAUUAGUAAAAGACACAAUGUUUGGAGAUUUUGUGAAUCUGUGGAUGACUUAAUCUGAAGCCAGAUGUCUCAAACAGCUUGAGUGACUCCAACCAGAGGAUAUUUAAUAGGGAAAAAUGUAAAAUUCUGUACUUUGGUUCAAACAACCAAUUGUAGAAGAGCAGGAUGGAAGAAUGGUUGGCUUAGCAAUAAUAUAUGUGAAAAGGGUCAGAUCUGCAUUGCAGACUUCUCUAGUCCACACAGUAUGAUAUGGCCACACUGAGAAAAUAGUAAUGGUGGGCAUAGAGUAUUUGCAAAGAGGCAUAAUAAUCCUGUGCUUGUCUAUCAUGUUCAGACCACAGAAGGAAUGUUGAUUUUGGUAAAGAAUUUAAAUAUAAAAAUCAGCUGGCAUGUGUCUGGAGGAAAAUAACCAGGAUGGGGAGGUAUUUUGGUUGAUGAUCUUGAGAUUGCUAAACCCAAAAAGAAAAAACACAGGAACUGUCCUCAAAACCUUUGAAGAUUCUUCGUCACAUAGGAAUUAGGUUUAUGUUAUAUGGAAUGAUGAAAAAAUGCAGGGACAUUUCUGGAAAGCAAAUUUUAGCCCAGUUUCUGGAUAAAACCUCCAAUGAUAUGAUUUCCUAAGUAGAAAGGGCAAAUAGUAAGUUCCCUCUGCCAGAGAUGAUAAGGCAGAGAGUGGGUUGGCACCUGCUGGAGAUUGUAGAAGGGAAUUGUAUAUUAGAUGGGGGUUUGGGCCCAUAGGUCCUUCCAACUCUGAGACUUUUAUUCUGGAAAAAAUAGAAUAUCCCAACACCGUCCUGUCUUUGCUGAAGCCAAGAAAUAAACAUCUAUAAAUUAGAGCCCAACCUUUAAGUUGAAUCUCUUGGAGUAAUUGACUUCUUGUUGGGGAAGUUUUCUUGAUCUGCUGUGAUGACAGCAAGGCUUUUGUCCCCUCAUCUGGCCCUUCCCUAUUCUAUUCUUAGAAUCCUUAUCCUAGCAUUUUGUUUGUUUUUUGUUUGUAAGAAAACUCCCCUUUCCUUGCUUUUGGGCUACUCACAUCAAAGACAUCCCAUAUAAACUUCCCUGGAAAGAAGUCACCUUUCUAUAAAAAUUCCUACAACCGGGACAACAAGACACAAAAAGCCGUACUUCCCAGCUCUGAGCUUUUGUUAAAACCUGUGUUAUGACUGGGUGAAAUGAGCUGGCCUCAGAGAAAAGGCCAGACAACACGAGGAAGUCCUUUUGCUGAUGGGCGUUCUGUGCCAUUUGCAACUCUACGUAACCCGUGUUGUCUCUGGCCGCCAGCACCCCGUCAGAUGUUCUGCCAGCUUCGGUUCUGAGUCUGAUUUCUCAUGCCAGGUUCAUCUUGCUGUUGCUGAAUAAACGAGGUUCCCACCGUCACGAUACUCCUUCCCCCUCCGCCAGGAGAAAUCUUCAUCCAAUGAGAUGGGCAGCCAUCAUGGGAUUUACUCACAAUCCAUCAUGGAAACAGAGAUGUCAGUCACUGCUGAGUUAGUGCCUACCUCAUCAUGGAACAUUUCAAGUGAACUCGACAAAGAUUCUUACCUGACCCUUGAUGAACCGAUGAAUAACAUCACCACGUCCCUGGGGCAGACAGCUGAACUGCACUGCAAAGUCUCUGGCAAUCCACCUCCUACCAUCCGCUGGUUCAAAAAUGAUGCACCUGUGGUCCAGGAGCCCCGGAGGAUCUCAUUUCGGGCAACCAACUAUGGCUCUAGACUGCGGAUUAGAAAUCUUGACACCACAGAUACAGGCUACUUCCAGUGCGUGGCAACAAAUGGCAAGAAGGUGGUUUCUACCACGGGAGUCUUGUUCGUCAAGUUUGGCCCCCCUCCCACUGCAAGUCCGGGAUCCUCAGACGAGUAUGAAGAAGAUGGAUUCUGUCAGCCAUACAGAGGGAUUGCAUGUGCAAGAUUUAUUGGCAACCGCACUGUCUAUAUGGAGUCUUUGCACAUGCAAGGGGAAAUAGAAAAUCAGAUCACAGCUGCCUUCACCAUGAUUGGCACCUCCAGCCACUUAUCUGAUAAGUGCUCUCAGUUUGCCAUUCCUUCCCUGUGCCACUAUGCCUUCCCGUACUGCGACGAAACCUCAUCCAUCCCUAAGCCCCGGGACUUGUGUCGCGAUGAAUGUGAAAUCCUGGAGAACGUCCUGUGUCAAACAGAGUACAUUUUUGCAAGAUCAAAUCCCAUGAUCCUGAUGAGGCUGAAACUACCAAACUGUGAAGAUCUCCCCCAGCCGGAGAGCCCCGAAGCCGCAAACUGCAUCCGGAUUGGAAUUCCCAUGGCGGAUCCCAUAAAUAAAAACCACAAGUGCUAUAACAGCACAGGUGUGGAUUACCGGGGGACUGUCAGCGUGACCAAAUCAGGGCGCCAGUGCCAGCCGUGGAAUUCUCAGUACCCCCACACGCACACCUUCACCGCUCUCCGUUUCCCAGAACUGAACGGAGGCCAUUCCUACUGCCGCAAUCCGGGGAAUCAGAAGGAGGCCCCCUGGUGCUUCACCUUGGAUGAAAACUUUAAGUCUGACCUGUGUGACAUCCCAGCAUGUGAUUCGAAGGGCUCCAAGGAGAAGAAUAAAAUGGAGAUCUUGUACAUACUGGUGCCAAGUGUUGCUAUUCCUCUGGCCAUUGCUUUUCUCUUCUUUUUUAUCUGCGUCUGCCGCAAUAACCAAAAGUCAUCGUCACCGCCAGUCCAGAGGCAACCGAAACAUGUCAGAGGUCAAAAUGUGGAGAUGUCAAUGCUGAACGCAUAUAAACCCAAGAGCAAGGCUAAAGAGCUGCCACUCUCUGCUGUACGUUUUAUGGAAGAAUUGGGGGAAUGUGCCUUUGGAAAGAUCUAUAAGGGCCAUCUCUAUCUCCCAGGCAUGGACCAUGCUCAAUUGGUUGCUAUAAAGACCUUGAAAGACUAUAACAACCCCCAGCAAUGGACAGAAUUUCAACAGGAAGCCUCCCUGAUGGCCGAACUACACCACCCCAAUAUCGUCUGCCUUCUGGGUGCUGUCACUCAGGAACAGCCUGUGUGUAUGCUUUUUGAGUAUAUGAAUCAGGGGGAUCUCCAUGAGUUCCUUAUCAUGCGCUCCCCACAUUCUGAUGUUGGCUGUAGCAGUGACGAAGACGGGACCGUAAAAUCCAGCCUGGAUCAUGGAGAUUUUCUGCACAUAGCAAUUCAGAUUGCAGCCGGCAUGGAGUACCUGUCUAGUCACUUCUUUGUCCAUAAGGACCUUGCAGCUCGCAAUAUUUUAAUCGGAGAGCAACUUCAUGUAAAGAUUUCAGACCUUGGGCUUUCCAGAGAAAUCUACUCUGCCGAUUACUACAGGGUGCAGAGUAAGUCUUUGCUGCCCAUUCGCUGGAUGCCCCCUGAAGCCAUCAUGUAUGGCAAAUUCUCUUCUGAUUCAGAUAUCUGGUCCUUCGGGGUUGUCUUGUGGGAGAUCUUCAGUUUUGGACUGCAACCGUAUUAUGGAUUUAGUAACCAGGAAGUGAUCGAAAUGGUAAGGAAACGACAGCUGUUGCCAUGCUCCGAAGACUGCCCGCCCAGAAUGUACAGCCUCAUGACAGAGUGCUGGAAUGAGAUUCCUUCCAGGAGACCAAGAUUUAAAGAUAUCCAUGUCCGGCUUCGGUCCUGGGAGGGACUCUCAAGUCACACCAGCUCCACUACUCCUUCGGGGGGAAAUGCUACCACGCAGACAACCUCCCUUAGCGCCAGCCCAGUGAGUAAUCUCAGUAACCCCAGAUAUCCCAAUUAUAUGUUCCCGAGCCAGGGUAUUACACCACAGGGCCAGAUUGCUGGUUUCAUUGGCCCACCAAUACCUCAGAACCAGCGAUUUAUCCCCAUCAAUGGAUACCCAAUACCUCCUGGCUAUGCAGCAUUUCCAGCUGCCCACUACCAACCGACAGGCCCUCCCAGAGUGAUUCAGCAUUGCCCACCUCCCAAGAGUCGGUCCCCGAGCAGUGCCAGUGGGUCGACUAGCACUGGUCAUGUGACCAGCUUGCCCUCUUCAGGAUCUAAUCAGGAAGCAAACAUUCCCUUACUACCACACAUGUCGAUUCCAAAUCAUCCCAGUGGAAUGGGUAUCACCGUUUUUGGCAACAAGUCUCAAAAACCCUACAAAAUAGACUCAAAGCAACCGUCUUUGCUAGGAGACUCCAAUAUUCACGGACACACCGAAUCUAUGAUUUCUGCAGAACUGUAAAAUGCAUGACUUUUGUAAAUGUGGUAUACAGGAAAAACUAGAAAGCCGUAGAAAAGAUUUAAAUUCAAAUGUUUUUAUUAAAGUAAGGUUCUCACUUAGCAGACAUUGCAACAAGUAUCUUCUGUGAAGUUUAACUGUGUCUUACCAAGCAGGGCAGACAACCAGCCAGAAAAAGAAAACAUUGUGGGAUUAACACUCCAUCAUGUACACGACAUGGCAUUGGGAUUGGUACAUCUGGUUUCACAUACUAAAAACUGCAAACCAGUGAAGAAGAAAAGAAUCUCGUGAUUAAAUAUCAAACCAAAAAGGAAAGUCAAAUGGUGCUUUGUGUAUUUGCCUCCAUUCGCCAUGACUGGUCUCUCCCCAAAAUGUAUAUACCGUAGCAUUUGUCUACCUGCUGUCUUAUCUUCAGGACAAAUGUUCAGGAAUUGUGUUGAUUCAAUUUAGACUCUAUGCAUUCUUGUAUGAAAAUGAUGUUCAGAAUCAAUGAGGAAACUGUAGGCAAAAUUUGAAAUCCCAGAUGGAAACGAGCCAUAAGACAAGUGUAAGAUCCCCUGAGGCCAUCUACACAGUGGGGCUUCUUUGGGAAGGUACAGAAUGUGCCUCUUUGUGAAUCUCCUCUGCUGAUCACGAAGGCCUUUUCCACAUUAUCGUUUUCCACAGUGUGUUUACACAAGCCCUUGAAAUAAUAUAGGGCAUCAGACCAUAAGAAGGCUAGACGUGGAUGCUGGAAUUGAUUGUUGGUUGAUAGUUCACUCCAUUGCAUUAGAAAUGAGGAACCAAAGGAAGCACAGUCAGGAAAAUGGUCCCUCGGCCUAGAUCAGCACCCCUGGGAGAGGAACAAGGUUUCCCAUGGGACAGCCUCACAGGAGCUUCCCUGGAACAAUAGGAUUGAAGAAUAGAGGUAUGGCUGCAGACCAGCACAUUAGUGCUUACAACCUCCUGAAUAUGAAUCUUCCUAGGUGUAGGGGGCCCACCAUCAAUGGACUCUGGGGAAGUAGGAAACUCUAUGACACCAAUACCUAGUUAAAGUUUCUCUCACCUUUUUUUUUUCUGAUCUGGAAAUGUUCAUAGAUUUUAUUCCAGCACCAGGAGUUACGACCAUUUAUUCAUAGCAUUAGUUGGAAUCCAAAGACUAUGAAUUCUAUUUUGUAAAACAUUACAGUAUUUUUUUUAAACACAGGUACUGAAUUCUCAUUUCAAAGAUAACCAUGAAUUGAAAUUUUGAAGCUGGUGAAUAGAAGAAACAUAAUCAUUUUUGCCUUAGGAGGGAGGCAUCAAAUGUGCAUUUCAUGCCACUUACCUACUAGCCAUCUUUUGCCAAGUUUAGAAUUCUUAUGGGUUUCAAGUUCUAUAUAGAAAGGAAUGUUAUGUUAGAUUUUUCUCUUGUUAAAAAAUAACUCCUUUAUUCUAAGAACAAUGUCUCAAGGUCUCAUUUUUUUAAUCAUUACUAUUUUACAACUAAAGAGACUUACAAAGAGACUUUACAGGAUAUAAAAUAAUUCCUGGAAAUAAUAUCUGAUGAGGAGAAUGUAAAGCACAUUGAUGUUUCAAUUUUGUAAAAAGAAAAAAAAUGCAGUUAGGAUGAGAAAUCAAGGAAAUCUGUGUACCAAAUGUGUUGCAAUUUUCCCAAACACUGAAUCUUCAAACAAUGAACAUGGACUUAUCGGUACUGUGAACUCAAAGAAUUGGCUAUAUCCAGUUUUGUUGAAAGAUAAAUUAAGAAAUAUUUUUGUGGCAUAAGUAAGCUGGUUCAAGAGCUACAUUUCUUAACUUUAGGUAGAGGAGAAUAUUUGGAUCCUUUUGUUGCUAUGCAACUGUUUAAUGAUGAAGAUUCAAACCACAAUUUUGUAUAUCAUACGACAAUCAAUUGUUUUCCAAGGAUAUUUAUUAUUUUAAGUAAACAUGAUUUCAGUGAAUCUGAGUUUUUCUAGGAGUCCCUUAAAGGGAAAUUAGCAUUCCGUGAGCCAGUAAAAUACGUACUCUGGAAAAACAUUACUAUGGUAAAAAGUAAAUUCAAGUUAGUUUUUUAUAAAGAACUAUAACAUUUAUUUUAAACAUUUUAUAAUUACUGAAGUCAUUAAGGUGAGCAAACCAAAUUUCAAAACCACUUGUAAUAAUGUAUUUUGUGAUAGCACUGUGAUACUGCAUAACACAGUCCCUUUUGUAUUAAAAUGGUAUUUUUUUCACAAACUGAAAAAUGUCCGCUUUGUUGACAAUGUUUUGUAAGAUGACUUUAUUUUCAGAUCUUUUUCUUUUUUUUUCCUUAUUUUUUUUCCUUUUUUUUUUUUUUUUUUUUUUUGCACAAAACUAUGUUUAUGGUUUGUAUCACAGAAGUGAAAAUAUAUCUCUGCAUUUUUAUAUCCGGUCUGUUUCUUUGUUUCCUUUGUUUGUUUCUUUUUAACUCGAUAUAGAUUUCCUUCAAAUAUAUCAUGGCGAUAUUCAGAUAUCUUGCCCUCCCAUAUCUUUUCUUAUUUUCACUGCAUGCAUUUAAUCACUGUAUUACUUAAUGUUUGAUCUGUUAUUAUGGGCAUUUCAAGUAGACAAGCAUGGAUGUAAUGACAAAAAGGCUAUUUUAUAUUGAGGAUUUGUGCAUUUGUAUUUCACACACCAGCGAUGAUAUUAAACACUGAUUACUUUAUGCUGCUGUUUAUUAAAAAUGUUUACCAUAUAAUAUUAUUUCCUGAAUAUUGCUAUCCUGAAGGUAUUUGGGGAUUUUAAUAUUAUUUCUCUAAUUAUUGACAUUUCAUAGAAAAAGGAAUCAUAAUUCUUAUUUACUAUAAUUCCUAUUUCAUUGAAAUGAUUUUUUUUUUAAGUAGGCUUUUAAAAUAGAUUUGGGCAUUCUUUUGCCACUGACCACAGGUGGAAGGGAAAAGAUCCCAAUGAUUUCAUGACCAUAUACUAUCCAACUAUAUAUGGCAAGCUUUUAGUUUUUAAAAUCAAAAUAAUAUAUUGAAUAAUUACUUUACAACCAAAUGGAAUGUAAAAAUUGGUUUUCAAAGUUGCAUCCUUUUCUGCCUUGUUUCCGUGUGAACUUAGACAUCAAAAAUCAUGUCUUCAAACUCUGAAGAAGAAAAAGCUGUGUACAUCUUAUCAUGUUCAACUUAGAUUCCAAUCAUAUUGAUAAAAUAAAAAGAAAUGUGGCCAUUUAA